ACGAAAUAUGGGUUUACAAGUACAAUAAUAUAAUAAACUCAUUAAAUUUAAGAGUUAGUUACAUGGCUAAGUUAAUGAUGAUGAUGCUAAUGAUAAUUGUGACAUUCUUUUGCACCUUCUUUGGUUGUGUAGAGCUAGUUAAGGGGCAAAAUGAUAAGGUGUGCAAUCAAGCUAAUUCUAACUACAAAGAUGCCUUAGGUAAAGCGAUCUUAUUCUUUGAAGGACAACGGUCGGGUAAGUUGCCGGCGAGCCGAAGAGUCAAGUGGAGAGGUGAUUCUGCCCUAAAUGAUGGCAAAUCUGAUAAUGUGAACUUGGUAGGAGGAUACUAUGAUGCAGGAGAUAAUGUGAAGUUUGGGUGGCCAAUGUCAUUUACAACAACCUUAUUAAGUUGGGCAGCAAUUGAGCAUAACUCUGAAAUUUCUUCAGCCAAACAGAUUGAUUACCUUCGCCAAGCCAUUCGUUGGGGUUCCGAUUUCAUCUUAAAAUCUCAUACCUCGUCUACCACCCUCUACACACAGGUAGGAGAUGGAGACGCAGAUCAUGCAUGCUGGGAACGCCCAGAAGACAUGGACACACCAAGAACACUCUACAAGAUCACGUCUUCGUCCCCCGGAACAGAAGCCGCCGCAGAUGCCUCUGCUGCCUUAGCAGCUGCAUCAAUUGUGUUCAAAGCCGUUGAUUCCACCUAUUCUUCUAAGCUUUUACAACAUUCACAAUCUCUCUUUGACUUUGCAGACAAGUACAGAGGAUCUUAUUCUGCUUCUUGCCCUUUUUAUUGCUCUUAUUCUGGUUAUCAGGAUGAGCUUCUAUGGGCUGCAGCAUGGCUCUAUAAGGCAAGUGGUAACAGCAAAUACUUGAACUACGUUUCGAGCAAUAAAGGAUGGAGUCAGGCAGUUUCGGAAUUCAGUUGGGAUAACAAGUAUGCCGGGGUUCAAAUUUUGCUAGCCAAGGAAUUCUUGGCAGGCAAGAGGAUGCUGAGUGAUUAUAAAAGUAAAGCAGACUCAUUCGUAUGUUCGAUUGUGCCUGAAAGUGGUUCUGCCCAGUUUCAAACAACGCCUGGGGGACUUCUAUUUGUUAGGGAUGCCGCAAAUUUGCAAUACGUGACAAGUGCAUCAAUGAUCAUCUCAAUCUAUACUAAAGCUCUGAAACAGGCGAAUAUUUCUGGUGUCAAAUGUGGCUCGGCUAAUCUAGCUCUUUCGAAACUUACAGCCUUCACAAAAUCACAGGUGGAUUAUAUUCUAGGAAAUAACCCUAAUAAAAUGUCCUACAUGGUGGGAUUUGGAAGCAAGUUCCCACAACAAGUGCACCACAGAGGUGCCUCAAUCCCAUCCAUUAUGGCUCAACCAGCUAAGGUAGGUUGCAACCAGGGCUACUCGAGUUGGUACAACAGUAACAAACCGAACCCUAAUGUCCACGUUGGAGCCGUCGUUGGAGGACCCGAUGCAAACGAUCAGUUCAAGGAUGUGAGAUCAGACCACACCCAUUCAGAGCCCACUACUUACCUAAAUGCUGCUUUUAUUGGUUCAAUAGCGCCUUUGCUAUCCGGUGAUCAUUCAGCAGAAUGUUUGAACUUGAGGAAGACUAAUGAGACCUCAGAUGUGGCCGAGACAAUGUAAUAUACAUAUAAUCCUAUAUCAUUUUAAAAUAAUUGAAUUGGGCAUCAAGCAUGUAUAACUAGUAUAGCAUGCAUGGAUGACUGCAAAAAACAUGAAAGGAUAUAAGCUAAGAUUAUUCUAUUAGCAUAUAUUGUAUACAUGUAACAUGUUAAAUUUUACAAUAUUAGGCAUGGAUGGUUGUAAAAUUAUUAUUUAUAUAUUCGCUUGUAUACAUUGUACCCAUACAUACAUACGUACAACAUAUAUAUAUGAUGUUUG